GCGGCCCAGAUUAGCUCGUUAAUUUCUUGGGAAAAUGCAAUAAUUAAUUAUUGAGCGGAUGUAGAGCAACUGGUGGAUGAUGUCUGGGCUUUCAGCUAACAGACUGGGCGAAGCAGCCGUUAGGUUUCUAGAGGAUUUCUGCAAAACAGCAAGGCGUGUUGUAAUUAUGGGAUGUGUUGUGGCCCCGCCUACUUUCAAAUACACACCGCGUCAGCACCUCAGUCCUUGUCUUGUGGCCUUGUCCUUGAGCACUGCAGACUUAAAAGUGAAGACGGACAGAGAGUCUGCUUUUUUUUUGUUGUUGCUCCCGAGUGCAUGCAGUGAACAUAGAAUCGUGUGAUAACCAAUUGAUCAUGAUGUCCUACCUGAAACCAGCGCCUUACACAGUAAACGGGCUCAGUCUGGCUACUACUGCGAUGGAGCUUCUGCAUCCAACUGUGGGCUAUCCAGGAACUCCCCGUAAACAGAGGCGUGAGCGGACAACGUUCACACGCGCGCAGCUCGACGUGCUGGAGACGCUGUUCGCCAAGACGCGCUACCCGGACAUCUUCAUGCGCGAGGAAGUGGCCCUGAAAAUCAACCUUCCUGAAUCUCGGGUACAGGUGUGGUUCAAAAAUCGAAGAGCGAAAUGUCGUCAGCAGCAACAGCAGCAAUCCCAGAGCACCACGCAGAACAAAACCCGACCUGUCAGCAAAAAGACUUCUCCAGUCAGAGAGUUAAACCCGGAGAGCAGCAGCCCGUUCACCAGCACCUCAGCCACCUCGUUACCGGCUGUGUCCACCAGCACGGCCCCGGUGUCCAUCUGGAGUCCGGCCUCUAUUUCCCCGAUCUCAGAGCAGCUCUCUUCCGCUUCAUCCUCCUCUUCCUCAUCUUUACACUGUAUGCAGCGCUCUUACCCGGUCACCUACACGCAGGCGAGCGGCUACAGUCAACACUACGCAGGUACAGCGUCCUAUUUCAGCGGAAUGGACUGUGGCUCCUACCUCGGGCCUGUGCAUCAUCAGCUGAGCGGCCCCACAUCCACCCUGAGCCCGACAAGCACGAGUACAGUCAACAAUCACCUGAGUCCAUCAUGUUCACUCGCACCCCAGGGCUACGUAACUUCCGGGCUCGGGGUCAACGCGCCGUCCGACUGCUUAGAUUACAAGGACCAAAGCGCUUCUUGGAAGCUUAGCUUCAAUACCGACUGCUUGGAUUACAAAGAGCAAACCUCUUCGUGGAAAUUUCAAGUUUUGUAAUAACAUCUAAAAAAAGAACAGAAACAUUUCAUUAUUGAAUUUAUUCGAUAAAUACGAUACUGCGAUUUUUUUUUUAAUUCUCCCCUCCGAAACAAAGCAAUGCACGAAUCUCUGCCCAGUUUGUCACGUUUUGACUCGGGCUAAUAAAUUAUAUUUUUACUAAGACACCGGGGGAAAAUGGUUAACUCAUCGUACUGAAAAUGUCUGGCAAUUUAAAGUAGAUAUUUUUCUUACUAUUAUGCACUAU